UGGAGUCGUUGCGACAGUCCAAGACUUGGAGCCCAAAAUAAUGAGUUUAAUAACCCAACUUCUAGUGAUCUAGUCUUUUAUAUCGUCAGAAGGUUGUCAGAAGAACACUGCUAGCAUGAGCAUUUGCAAUGGUAAAGCGGACAAUACCGAAGGUGUUACUAUUCACAAAUGGCCAAAUGACAAGCUUAAGUUGGAGAAAUGGAAAAGAUUCGCAAGUCUUCAAGUCAUGGAAGAACCACCUAAGAGCACAGGAAUCUGUUCUAGGCAUUUUAAACCCGAGUGCUUUCAAAGAUAUUACCACGUGCCAGGUCAGCUUAAGCUUUUUAUCAAUGAUGUCAAUGAUGAAGUAGUCCCAACGAUUUUGGGCACUACAUCUCGAGGACARGUCAGUCAGCAAGCCACCUGCUCUGUAAAACGCAAGGACAGCCCAACUUAUGAGCCAGGUACAAAUAAAAAGUUUAAGUCUGCUGCAGAAAGAGAUCAAGAAACAAUAACAAAAGAGCCAGUUUCAACAGGUAGAUUAAUUGUUGAAUGGUAUGAAAAACCAUGCAUGAUCAUGGUUUAA